AUGUCUACACCGCCGGCAAAGAGAGCACGAGUCGGCAUUUCCGCCAGCUUAAAGAAAAAAAUCUGUCAACGCAAAGUAGAUCUUCCACGUUCUUCUUUGCAAGAUUUAAGGCAGUUUGUUAUUGACGAGGAGAACAUCACCAUAGGAAAGUCCACCAUUGGUGACGUCAUUAAAGAAAAAGACAAGUGGCUAGCUACUCAAGCUGAUUCUGAAGGCCUAACCAAGUCCAGGAACCCAAAGCAUCAGCAACUAGAUGACGCCCUCUAUCUGUGGUUCACGGACAUGUCAGCACAUCACGCGGCAAUCAACGAUGAUAUGUUGCUUACAAAAGCCAGACAACUAGGUGAACAGCUUGGUGUGACAGAUUUCAGUUAUUCAAGAGGUUAUCUUCACAGAUUCAAGGGUCGCCGUGGUAUCAAGCGAAAACUCUACCAAGGUGAAGCCGAUAGUGCCGACAUGACAGCUGUGCAGACAGGACGAGAAGAUCUCCAGCAUGUGCUUCAAGACUACGACCCAGAGGACAUAUUCAACCUGGACGAAACUGGACUCUUCUACAGACUUGGACCAAACUACACUUUAGCAACAAAGACUGUGAGUGGUACCAAGAAAUCUAAAGACAGGAUUACAGUUGCCCUUGCUACCAAUGCUACAGGAUCCACAAAGAUCAGGGCAUUUGUGAUUACAAAAGUGAAUUGUCCACGGUGUUUCGGGAAGACCUACAACCCAGAGACUUAUGUGCGGUACAGACACAACACAAAGGCCUGGAUGACGUCAGAGCUGUUCCAAGAGUGGCUGAGAGACUUCGACCGACAGAUGCGAGUGGCAGGAAGAAAUGUUAUUCUACUUGUGGACAAUGCUGCCAGCCAUAGUCAAGGUGAUGUUGUGUUGAGGAAUGUGACUCUUCAUUUCCUGCCUCCGAACACCACUGCCCACAUUCAACCCAUGGACGCUGGAAUCAUCAAAGCAUUCAAGGCUCACUACAGGAAACAGUUGGUACAUCACUACAUCGAGCGUGUGGAGAAGAAAGAAGAACAAAGUGUGAAUCUUCGAGAGGCCCUGCACAUGGUGAAAAGAGCAUGGGACAGUGUUAAAGUUUCUACGAUUGUGAAUUGUUACAGACAUGUGCAGAUCCUUCCUUCCAAGGACGAUUCAGAAGAAGAUGAUGAUGUUCCACUCUCUCGCCUUCAGUACCGCACAGAUGAGGACGACGAUGAUGACAUCCCCUUGCUACAGCUUCAGAAGAAGAUGCGUGAACUGCCAGAGGCCUGCACAAUGACAGCUGAGGAGUAUGUUAGUGUGGAUGCUGAGGAAGAAACUGGACAACACCUAACUGAUGAUGACAUCAUGACACUUGUUUCACGAGAGGAAGUCCCUGAGAUUGCUGACAAGGAUGAUGAAGAAGAAGAAGUGCGCAAAGAUGUGACCUUUUCUCAAGCUUCAGGGGGAAUCAAGAUGGUCAUCAGUUUCUUUGAACAGACAUCAACAAGUGCCACAUCGAUUGACAUGGACAAAAGAAGAGCCUACCUUGAUCAUCUUUGGGAAAUGCUGGACGCCAUUACCUACUGCCAAGCCAGAGAAACAACACAGAAGAAAAUGACCGACUUCUUCAAGCAGUAA